AUGAUGUACUCCUUCCUUAAAGAUGUCAAGGACCGCGUCACGGACAAUGUGACGAGGACCUUGGUGAGGCAGGUACGCAACAUGGCCCUAGACGUGGAGGAUUGCAUCGAGAUCAUUGUCCACCUGGACCACAAACCGCACUGGUGGCGCCGCAUGAUGCUCCCGUGGUGCAUGCCUGCUGCGCCGCCAGGGAAGGAUCUGGACGCUGCCGUUGCCAAUAUAGAGCAGCUCAAGGCUAGGGUCGAGGCCAUGGGUCAGCGGAACUUGCGCUACAACCGCAUUGGUGACUCUGGCCAUAAGCCUGCGGAGCAGACGCAUCAGCAGGCUGUUGCCAAUGCAAUGCAACCAAACAUCCUUGGCUCCGCGACAAAUGUAGCAAAGCAGAGCGGUCAAGUGGAUCUUGUUAUGUUGAUCAGCGGGAAAAAUACAAAUGAAUCGAGGCAGAGGAAGGGAGGGGCUGAGGGGGACCAAGCGCACCAUCUGCUAGGCGACAAAGAUGAUGAUGAUUGUUAUUAUGAUUGUGAUGAAGAGUUCAAGGUGGAGAAAGAAGCAGAUGAUGUCCAUCAACUCAAAGUACUCUCAGUGGUUGGAACAGGAAGCGAUCUGGAGACUAUGUCCAUGAAGAAGGCCUACGACGACAUAGAGACCCGCAAAAGUUUCAAUUGCCGAGCCUGGGUGAAACUGGUGCAUCCUUUACAUCCCAUUGAGUUCAUCCGGAGCUUGCUGGCUCAGUUCCAAAAUAACGCUUGUCCAGAACAAGACAAGACUGUAAAAGUCCUGGAUGUGAUGGUGGCGACAGACGGCGUACUCAUUGAGGAGUUCAAGAAGAAAAUAAGUCAGAAGUACCUAGUUGUCUUGGAGGACUUGUCUACCAUGGUUGACUGGGAGGCCCUUAGGGUCUAUCUACUUGACAAUAAAAAUGGCAGCUGCAUCGUUGUGCACACGCGACACCUUGGAAUUGCAUGCUCGUGCGUCGGGCAUGGAUACCGAAUAUCGGAGCUGGAAAAGUUAUCAGCCGAUCAUUCUGUUCGUGUCGUUUAUAAGGAGGAUGUAGCGAAAAAAGUGGAGGGUAGUACCGUCAACAAGGAACAAACUGCACGUGAAUGGUCAAAUAGUCAUCAAACAUGUUUUGGUCGUGAUACAGAUAUAUAAGCUGGUUGCAUUGGCUCACGGCCGGUCCAGAAGGCGGCGUGGUCUCAGUGUGGGGGAUGACUGGUGUUGGCAAGUCAUUUCUCAUCCAACACUUUUACCGCCGCAUGAAGGAAAGCAGGUCUACCGAUUCUUGUAAGUUUGGUUGGGUCAAUGUAUCCCGUCCAUUCGAUUUAAGGGUCUUGUCGAGGAACUUGCUUUCAGAAAUCAAUCCUGAUUCCCAAGACCACCAGGUGAUGUCAACGAUCAAAGAUCCGAUUCAAGGGUGCCGUGAAUAUCUGCAGAGAGAAGAAAACAGCCCCUACUUCAUUGUUAUCGAUGGUUUGCGAUCCAAAGAUGAAUGGGACUUGAUAAGGGCCUGUUUGGUUAUGGAUGCUUAUUUAUAAGUUGCUUAUUUGCUUAUUAUAGUUGCUUA